AUGCGCGAGCCGUCUCGAAUUCUAUCGUGGCUAGCUGCGAUUCCCGAGCAACCCCAAAAUCCGACCUCAGAGCAGCAGCUCACACCCCCGACGCGCAAGCGCAAGGCCUGCACUGCAGAGCUCGACCAGCAUCUCGGCUUCAGUCGACCCAUCUCCCCUCCCUGUUCCGAUACCUCGAGGCCUGCCCGCCCCCACGCAAUCGCUAUGGACGAUUCCGAGGCCUCGCAGGCUCGACAGCUUUCAACUCCUCAGCGACCCGAUCGAUCCGAAAAGCGACGUCAUACCGGCGAUGCUGCGGAUGAUCAUGGCGAGGUCGACGUCGAGACAACGCCAAGACAACCCGUAUUCCAGGUGCCAUAUCUGCCGCCAUUCCCCUCGAGCAUCGCAUCUCCCCAAAUAUCUCCCACGCAGUCGACAGCCGAAUCACAAUCUGGACACUCAGAAGCAUCCUCCAAACAGUCCUCUGCGAAGCGUCGCCGGCAAUCCGGAAGUCCUCGCAAGCAGAAGAUGAUACUCGAGUUCGAAGGAACUGUUGUAGAUGCCAACAUAGAUGGGGAGGAGACUCCCCCGGAGGCGUUGAACCGUUUGAUAGGCGACAUGAGGAGACUUGCUGAUGGACAGGGGUUUAUACACGAGUCGGAAGAGCCGGCGAUUCUCGAGGCGAAGCAAUCACGUCCAAACAUGUUUCAGUGGGCCAAGGAUGCCGUUUUCGCACGCUCUCGACCCUCACCAGCCCGAGAUACACUAGCACAAGCAGACACGGGCGUCCGCCCAGCCUCUGAUCCCGAACUUUCGACAACGGUCGAUGACGCGACAGAGAGGCGAGCAUUGGGGCCGACACCGCGACUGCACGAAGCGCUGCGCCUGUGGCAUGCUGCACAGCGAGCAGAAAAGGGACACGGAGAAGACCAGUGGAACUGUGCUGUCCAUUAUCCCAUGCUAGAGCUAGCACUUGGCCACGACAAGGCUGUCGGAUACUGUAGCUGUACUUCCGCGCCCCUGACCAAGGAGUACGCCCCGAAGACGACCACCAGCCUCCCGCGCGACCGACGAGUCGAUUUCUGCAUCCACAUCGAACCUGACACGCCGCAACAUGUGAUUCCAACCGUCCUCCGCAGUCCCUCGCAGUCCAUCAACCACACCGAAUACGCAGCAUUACUGCACAAACCCAUCGGCAUUGCCAUCGAGACCAAGCUGACAGGGGCCGAUUGGGAAACAGCAAGGACCCAGGUUGGCAUCUGGCUUGCUGCGCAAUGGAACCGCCUUGAUGACCUGGUUUGGAGCAGGGGCAUCGGUGUUGAACACACCUCUCCCGCUGUCGCUGCUGGGCUCGUAUUCCUGCCAGCAGUCAUCAUUCAGGGACACCAAUGGUCCUUUGUUGCCUUUACGCGUGACAGGGAUGGCGUUGCUAGACUGUGGUGCCAGCUGCCGUUUGCUUCGACACAGAGUGUCAAAGGCGUCUACCAGGCUGUCGCUGGUCUCCAGCUGUUGAGUCGAUGGUUGCGGGAAGAGUAUUGGCCUUGGUUCCGUCAAAUCAUCCUGGGACUAUGA